AUGUCAGGGCGUAGCUCGGCUGGGCGUGGUCUUACCAGUCGAGGUAGAGGUAGAGGUAGAGGUCGGCACAAUUCCAUAUCUAGAGGUAACAAUGGGAGCAACAACAAUGCAUCUCCUAAUUUAUCUCAUGCUAACACAAACAAUGAUACUGGUAGAGGUCGGCACAAUUCCAUGGCUAGAGGUAACAAUGGCAGAAACAAUGGAUCUCCUAAUGUAUCUCAUGAUGGCACAAACAAUGAUACUGGUAGAGGUCAACACAAUUCCAUAGCUAGAGGUAACAAUGAUAGUAACAGCAAUGCAUCUCCUCAUGUUUCUGAUGACACAAACAGUGAGCAUAUGGACCAGUUUGAUGAAUUACCUUCAUAUAAUCGGGAGAUUGGAUCACCCUCAUCUCAAGCAGAAGGUUCAAAUGCACCACACCAUUUUGUCGCAGAUCCAAAUAAGAUUCAGAUUUCCAUUACCCCUGACCAGGCACAUUUUACUAGAAGUAACGAUCAAGCCGAUAAUGGUCAGAUUACCCGCUAUAUCAUUGAUUAUCGUGACCUAGCAUAUGAGAAGGCUGAAGAAAAUGGUAACCCAGUCACCGAAGAUGAUAUAUCUGCCAUUAUCCCCUAUAAACCAUCAUGGAUGAAGCAGGAGUAUUGGACGGAACUUGUCACAGAUCAUUGGAAUAAAGAGGGCUGGCUAAAAACUUCAAAGGCAAACAAAGCAAAUAGGGCUAAAUUUGUAUCUAGUUACCACUGUAAAAAAAAAAGGUCGCCCACAAUCGUCUUUGGACUUUCUAAUUGCAUCACAUACGAAAAAGGUGAGGGUGAGGAUGAGGUUGAGGUUGAGGGUGAGGGUGGGAAUGACACUUCAGCAGAGCCGUUGGUUAGCUCCAUUGACCCAACAAAGUUAAUCGAUGAUAGGGCACGCCAAGCUGUGGAACGUCUAUCAGAGUACAUGCGUGAUAAGUACGGACCAGAUCUCUCACAGCACCCAAAGCAUGAUCAAGAGUUAUAUGAACGAGCUACUGGAUCAAGGAAGAAAGGAAGAUUGUACGGUUGUGGCUCAUCUUCAGAUCCAAGUUUCGUAUUGACAGGCACACCUUCUGGUAAUAGUGGUAACUCAUAUGUUCCACCCGGGGAAGAUGUAGAAAAAUUACAACAAAAGUUGGACGAGGUGUUGGAAGCACAGGAGAAAGCAAGACGUGAUAUGGAAGAGCGCGAGGCAAGGAUGGUUGAGGCUCAUGAAAAAGCACAAAGGGAGAUGGCAGAACGGGAGGAGCGUCUUAAGAGAGAGUUGGAAGAGAGGUUAGCUGAGAUCUUGAAGAAUAUACCAAACUUGCCGAAAUGA